AUGGAUGAAAUACAGGAGCUUGUUCGGAAGGUCGUGCGGCAAUGUGCUUCGCGCGGCGUCACCGUGUCCGAGGUGCUGGCUGCAUUCGUGGCAAGGACGGUGAUUCAAAAGCCGGGGUUGAAUGGCCAAGCACUAUUCAGCUUAAACAGCCCCUUAACUCAAGAAGGGCUGGGCGAUUUGAUCGACCGGAGUGUUGACAGGCUGCUCGAGGUGGACUCCCCAUCACUAGAAACGAUAAAGAUGCAGGUUGCGGUGGACUCAAGCUACAUCACCGAGGAAGAGGGUCUAAUGAACUCACACCAACGGCGAACAGCACGAUUAAGGGAGAUGCAACGAACCAUAGCAACAAUGCGACCAAAGGAUGGAGCUGAUUUCGACGCCCUAACGGCUCUUCAUCGUCAGAUAUUUUCUUAUCUUCUUCGGCAUGCGAGCGAUGAUUCAAGAUUAGGGCGAGGAGUUGAGCGGGAGGUUGCGGCUGCCCUCGAAAGCGUUUUCCCGCGCAUUAGCCUCAAAGCCUUCAUCAACCUCGGAAGUGAGGAGAAGUACGCUCAACUCGACGAACUCGCAAAUAUUGUUCUGGGAAUUCGCGUGUUCAACCAGCAUAUUGGUAAGGGCGGUGUCAACAUUCCACACCCCGAACAAGAAGCUGCGACGCUCCUCCUAGAUAUGGGACGUGUGCUUUCAGACGAGCUCGAACAGGCGCAGCAAACUUGUGCAGAACUCCAGCAAAUCAUCGUCCACAGUGAGUUGCGGCAUCCUCAAGGGGUUACGGCGGACAUGCUUAGCCGCUGGAAGGACGAGUUGACCAACAAGCGGCAAUACUUGUCGUAUUUGCAGAGCUUACAAGAAGAUAUGGCGGUGUCUGAUCGCAAAGUUGGUUUACUCCGCGACACCAUCAGGUCCGAAAUGCGCGAUUUGGAGGAGCUGGUGGGAAAUCGCGCAUCAGUUCCCAAGGAGCACGUUUACCCGAAGUUCUAUGAAAUUGCUACUCACUGGACGGCACUGUAUCGAGAGUACAAGGUAAUAUCCGGACGGACAAGAACCACAGACGUCCUCCGGGCAUUUCGGGAUUCGUACACCCCAACAAUUCGAGGUGGAAUGGAUAUUCAAUCAGGCGAGCUCUCCGCUUUAGAAGAGAAUGCUCGGGCAGCCGAGGCGGCCGUUGGCAUCACCAGCACAAACGUGGAGCCGACAGGUGCAACAGAAAACAAGCCACCCCUAGGUUACACAAACGAGGGAAAGGAUGCCGAUGAGGAAGGGCGCAGAGGAGACACUAGCGACCAUAUCGAAGAACAGCCCGUACCAGGAGGGCAAGAGCCCGCCAUCGUUCGUCGUGAAGACCAGUCGAUCGAACAGCCGGUGAAACUAUCUAUUGAAUCUACACCAGAGUUUAUGCAGCUGCCGCUGGAGUACCAAGGAUUUUGUUCGUGGACCAUCGUCAAGAGGCAAGGCUUACUUCUUCCCGGCAAGCCUGAGCUCGGAGUGAUACGAUACAAAAACCGAUUCUUUGUAUUCGCCCAUGAAGUCGCCAUAUCGACCUUCAUGAGCGAUCCUGAGUUGUUCUUGAAGGCCACACUUGAGCGUGCUGUGGCAUCCCCGGAGCUGAUCCAUCUGCUUCGCCUUCAGGAUUCAUUCCCAGAGACAUGCAUCACUCGCAUGUUGCAAGGUGGUAAAAACGGCAACGGAAAAGUUCGCCCCAGCCUUGCUUUGGCCCCUCCAGAAAAGCGUGAAGCUGGCACCGACACACCGGUGCACUUCAUCGAGAAGUGUAUUGACCCCGAGUAUCACUGGAACGAAUGGGUUCUUCGCCGUAGGGCACUCCAGGUGGCCAAUUUGCGUAACUGCGUUACUAAAUCGCAGCAAACAGAUGGCUCCCACUUCAGGAGGGUGAACGAUACCCAGGUAUACCUACCGCGGGCUAAGCACACGCAAACCAACAGGAACAGCGGGACCAAGCCCCCCCGGCAUGUCCAAUACUUCGGAGGUGAGCGUGGUCUUUCAUGGCUCCAUAGUCAAGACCGAUGAGCACAAGCAACAACGGUUUGCACGUUUUUUUGCCACGUCGUGCAAGUACAGCGACCCAAGACGACUGUUGGCAUUAUUUUAUUUUCCAGCAGUGUGGCGUUUGGAGACAGCCAUUGAACGCGCACAUCGACAAAUCAGACUACUGGCUUCGGUGGUACCCCAGUUGCGCCGUUGCAUGUGCACAUAACUUGUUUGACCUUCUCCUAAUCCCUCUAUGACAACCGUCCUUAUCCUGCAGAUAGUAACAAAUUCCCUUGGUCAUUUCCGCAGAUUCUAAAACUAUGGUAUCUACAUGAAUGAAAAUGCCGGAAGGUUCUGCAACUUGCUACAAAAAUGGAACCCAUCUAUAAUGCUCAGUCCUGAACCGUGGCAUGGCUUCAACUGAAGUUCGCUUGUCCCUUCGCGUGUCAUAUGUCAUGAUGACAGGUCUAAUGUCACAGUACACUAACCAUGGAGAUGGGCAAGACAGGAGGCCAGCUAUGGUGAAUUUCAAAUUUGAGUUUUAACUCCCGGAACUUCAAACAAUGGCGGUACCCACGAUGUGCACCGCUUGCUGAUACUGAAAG